AUGAAAUUCUCUUCGAUUUUAGCUUUUGAAAUCGCGGUCAAGAUACAUCUCGUAGCAGCACAAGUCCUAACCAUCACAACUGACGACUGCUCCUCGUGCCCGACAGGCACAUACUGCACGAGGUCGAAUUUAGAAUGUCGUGGUCCACCUUUUGAAGGCUUGUGCUUUAAUGCUACUAUCAGCGAGUACCAAGUAGGUUGUGAAGAAGGUUACGAUUGCUUUGAUAAUAUGUGUGAGUGUGUUAUUGAAGAUCCGAGUUUCACAACUUCCCCAACGAUUAAUUCAAUGGAUACUCCGACGAUUGUAUCAUCGACAAUGCCAUCUACUAUACCGAGCCCCACUAUCGGAUCAAAUCUGAUUAACAUACACACGCCUUGCCCAACGGGAACAUACUACGAACUUGGAGCCACCGCGUGUCGUGGACCUCGCUAUGCUACCGAGUGCUACAAUCCUGCUACAGCUAUGUAUCAAAAUGGCUGCGCUUUAGGAUUUCAAUGCAUCAACAAUAAAUGCUCGACAAUUCCGCCAUCAACAUUCCCUCCUUCUGUUUGCUAUCAAAAGUGUACAGAGACGAAUGAGUAUUGCGAAAACGGCACUAACUUUUGCCGUGGACCAAAGUAUGCUGGUGAGUGCUUCAACCCCGCCACUGGUCUGUAUCAAAAUGGGUGUGAUGGAGGGUACAAAUGUAAUAACAAUAUUUGCGUCUGA